AUGUGCUCCAGUUUGGAAGACAGUGUGCUGGCGUUGGUGAUUGCUGUAUGCACUCUAGUGUCAUACCUGAGCUCGUUGCGCUGGUGGCGUUUGGUUCCACAUCUAUUUUACCCAGAAGAGAGUAAGCUGGAGAAACAAAUCGCGCAACUGAGGGAAGAGGCAGAGAGAUUCAACACCACUGAUCAAUUGCACAUUCAUGGCAAGAUUACCCGCAAUGUUCAGCUACUCAUGAAACAACUCGCACUGACACGCAAGCAGCGCUGUUCCCUCGCUCUUUGUCGAAAAACAGAUAAAACAGGCACUAGUGCGCAUCAAGUGUCAUUUUUCAAGCAUUGCUGCGCCAUUUCAAACUACAGUCUUCCCACUAUAAUAGGCUUGCUUAUAUCAUUUGGGUUCAUGAUCCCAGUUCUGUGCAUGUACGGGAACCGUCGUGCUGUUGUCGUCGUGUCACACUCUUUUAGUCACUGUUGGCCGUCCCCCAUGAAGUGGGUAGACAGGGUGGCGAUGACCGUGCUACUUGGCCCAUUGCUGUGGAGCCCAGCAAGCCCUGGCGAUGUCCCUGACGAUGCUGUGGAAGGGUCCAGCGGUGAGUGUUUGCUUACACGAGGGAAUAACAUGAGCGUCAGUAGCUCUGCACUUUCUGACAUUAGGGGGAUGGAUGCCGCUAUGAUGACUGUGGCCAAUACGGGGGAGAAUGAACUCAAUAACCUUGGACUCGUGUCGUGGUUUUUGGUUUGCUACGUUGCGGUCCGCCUCUCACACCGCGUUUUUUCGCACUGUUGA